GAAGGAGCGCACAAAUUGGAUGGCCAAUUUCCUCUGUCUCUCAUGAUUUUGUCAACCUAAAACGAAGUUAAUUUGCAUGCUGAUCUAUCAAGACCCUUUGAGUGAUGGCAACUUCAACCUCAUUUAAUAGUUCAGACUUUCCCAGUUCAACAGAGAGAAUCAUGUCAUCUGCCUCUGCCCGGUCAAGACCUGCUGCAAACACAAGUGACAGUUUCUCUGACCAGGAGGGAGUUGCCUCUUCCACCUCUGUUUGGUCAAGACCUACUGCAGACACCAGUGACAGUUUCUCAGACAGAGGAAGACACGCGACUUCAUCAUCAGCUUGGUCACAGCCAGCAGACACCAGCGACAGCCUUUCUGACAGAGAUGUCUCAGUCAAGAGGGCAAAGAAAAAUGUGCAGUUCUCAGAUGUGGAGGAAGAGGCUCAGAUCUUCAUGAGUGCAGUCUGGAGUGGUGGUAAACUAGGAGUUGCCUACUAUAACUUAGACACUACGCUAAUGUACAUGAUGCUGGAUACAGAAGAAACAGACGACUUUCAGUUAUUACACAGAGUCAAAUAUCAAAUCCAGCCCAGUUGUAUUAUCGUCAGCUCCAAGCAGGAUGAGCGUUUUCUGAAGGCACUCAAAGAUAUUGAACAAGAUAACAUCUCAACAAGUGAUGUUGCAAGUGUGUGUGAAUUCAUACAACUCUUACCAAGCAUGGACUUCAAUAUUGAUGUUUGCAAACGGAGAAUCCUGUCGAUGGGCCUUCCGUCCAUUCCUAGUCACUAUACAGAAUCUGAGCGGACGCUUCAUCUCUCCUCAUUGAUCCCAUUAGAAAAUGUCAACAUGGUUCGAGCGAUUGGAGCAUUGUUGAAGUACUUGGAUAAAAAGAGAGUCGGAAUUGAAUUGGAGGACGCAAAUGCUUGCAUUCCUAUACUGGGGCUUCAGGUCUUCUCCUGGCAAGAUAUUGUAAUUAUGGAUGAAAAUUCCUUCAGCGCUCUCCAGAUCUUUCAAAGGGAAGUUCAUCCAUCUGUUUAUAAAUCAAACACCAGCAACAGCUCAAAAGAGGGACUCAGCCUGUUUGGAAUCAUGAACAGGUGCAAGUCUGUCAUCGGAAGCAAGAUGAUGAAGUUGUGGUUCAUGCGGCCAAUCAGGAACCCUGUGUUGCUAGCAGAGAGAUUGGAUGCCGUGGAAUUCUUUGCCAACUCUCGUAACAUUGAGAUGACCAACUCGCUGCAUAACUGUCUCAAACACAUCAAGAAUGUACCAAGGAUCCUUACUCGGAUGAGGAAGGCCCAGGCAUCAGUUGGAGACUGGCAGGCACUUUACAAGACUGCGUACAAUGCUGUUUACAUUGGAGACAUAGCUAGGGCACAGCCAAAUGGAGUUGCCAUUUUCAAGAAGAUAGCUGAUGCAUUCACAGAAGAUCUAAACAAGAUUGCAUCGUUGAUCAACAAAAUAGUGGAUUUUGAAGAAUCUGCUAUGCAAAACCGAUUUGUCGUCAAGCCUAAUGUUGACCCAGAGUUAGACCAGAAAAAGCGUACAUACAAUGGUUUGCCCGAUUUCAUGACUCAGGUCGCCAAGUCAGAACUGGAAAAGCUCAGUGAUGAUGUUGAGGAAUGUAACGUGAUCUACCUUCCCCAGCUUGGUUAUCUUCUUGUCAUCCCCAAACCAGAUCAUUAUCAGACGGAUGAAGAUCUCAAGAUUCCUGGCUUAAAUUUCAUGUUCCUCUCCAACAAUGUCUGCCAUUACAAGAGUGAAAGUACAAAAGAACUUGACACACUACUGGGAGAUACACAGUGUGACAUCACAGAUCAAGAAACUAGUAUCAUGCAUCAACUGCAAGACACCAUUCUGGAAUAUUCCACGGUGUUCCUGAGUGUCAUGGACUAUGCUGCACAGUUGGACUGCCUCCUGUCUCUUGCCACAUGUGCCAAAGAAUUCAACUACGUCAGACCAGAAUUUACGCAAGACGACUCGCUAGAAAUCAAGGGAGGAAGGCAUCCCCUCCAAGAGCUAUGCUGUAGUCCAUUUGUACCAAACGAUACGAUGAGUGGUGUGGAUCAUGGCAAAAUGAAGGUUUUGACAGGGCCUAAUGCAAGCGGCAAGAGUGUCUACCUCAAACAGGUGGCAUUAAUUGUCUACCUGGCACAUAUUGGCAGUUAUGUUCCUGCAGAAUCGGCUAAAAUUGGCCUGAUUGACCAGAUCUUCACCCGAAUACGCACCAUGGAGAGUGUCUCUGUGGGAUUGUCAACAUUCAUGAUUGAUCUAAAUCAGGUGUCUACUGCAUUGCGUUGUGCAACCAAGAACUCUCUGGUGAUUUUGGAUGAGUUUGGAAAGGGAACAGAGGCGGUUGAUGGUUUGGCGCUGAUGGCUGCAUGCCUGCGUCAUUGGUUACAGGAUGGAGUGGGUUGCCCUCACACAUUUGUCUCCACUCAUUUCCAUGGCCUUGUGCAGCAGCAGCUUUUGCCGAGGAGUGAUCAAGUCAGAUACCAGAUGAUGGAAGUGUUACAAGACCACGAUGACCUUGUUUUCCUCUACCAGCUCAUCACUGGACAUGCUAACUUCAGUUAUGCUUCACAUGUUGCUGCAGAGGCUGGUCUGCCGAAAGAAAUAAUCUGCAGAGGAAAAGAGGUGUCCAAACUGAUGAGACGUGGGAAAGCUGUCAAUCGAGUGGACAGUGCCAGCACUGAAACACAGUUUAAGAGGUGCUCAGCUAUUACAACUAGAUUCAUGGAGUUGGACCUUGAAAAGGAUGAUCUUUACAGUUUCCUCAAUGACUUUGUUCUUCCAACAAGCCAAGGAAUCGUGUGAUUUCUCAAUGCCAUGAUGAAAUAGAUUGCGUCAGUGAUGGUGUGAAUUCAGUCAGAAUAUUAAAAUGAUCAGCUGAAAGAAAAGUCACCUCACAAAUGAACUGCUCAUUUGCCUCAAUCAAGUGAUCUACAUGCAAAUGUGGUCUGAAUGGAAAGUCAAAUAUGAAAGUAACUGGAGUAUCCCAACUUUGAUGAUACAGCCUGUUGAUAGGAAUUACAUGUAGAACUGCAGCAGUUGCAUUGUAAAUAUGUUUUUGAUUCAGCUGAGCUUCAAGUAGGAUUUAGCUCUGGAGAUUGGUUACCAGGUAAUCAAAUAUUCUGGCCAAUCUGUUUAGAAUGUUACAUGUACAGUGUGAUAAAGACAUGUAGUGGUGAUCCUGAUGGUUUUGUGUUCUCGAACAACAUCCUGUAAACAUCAUCCUUCACCUAAGAAUGUACUUCUGGUGUUAUGACCAUU